AUGAGUGCUGCUACCGUCUACAAAAAUGAUGGCAGUGGGCGCUUGCACCAGCGGGUCGCCAUUGUUACCGGCUCGUCCUCUGGUCUAGGGCGUGGAAUUGCACUGGCACUUGCCCGUGAAGGCGCAGUCGUGGUCUGCUCAGAUCGUGUUGCCGAAGCACGUCAGGAUGGGUUCGAAGAGGACAAGCACAUUCCUACGCACGAGGUCAUUAACAACAACGGUGGUAAAGCCGUUUUUCAAAUAUGCGAUCUACUGAUCGUGGCAGAAAUUGGGGCCCUCAUCGAGGCUGCGGUCAAGAUGUUCAACAAACUUGACAUCCUCGUCAACAACGCAGGCUUGUGGAUGCCCUUACGGGAUUUUGUGGAAGAGACCGAGGAGCAGUGGGACGCCAUGUUUGCCAUCAAUGCUAAAGGCACGGCGACCGCGAUGCGUGCCGCCAUCAAGCAGUUUCUCAAGCAGCCUAUUGACGAGGUUUCCGGGUCGAGAGGCCGGAUCGUCAACAUCUCCUCUGCUGCUGGCGGCAUCACGGCCAUCCGUCGGGAGGCGACAUAUGCUGCGAGUAAAGCAGCGGUAGCAAUGCUGGUCCAGAACGUCGGAAUAGACCACGCCAAGGACUGUAUCAACGUCAAUGGAGUGUGUCCAGGUGUCGUCAGGAGUGGUGCCGCCAGUAUCAACUUUCAGAACCCCGCUAUCAUCGCUGAGAUGCAGAAGGGCACACCGUGGCCGAGACUGGGAGAGCCGUCGGACAUUGCCAAAGCGGUGGUAUUCUUUUGCAGCGAUGACGCGCAGUGGAUCACCGGCCAGAACCUGGCAGUAGACGGCGGCUUCACAAUUGGCAUCCCGUUGUAG